ACCAAAAUGUAUAGAGAGAUGAGGCCCAAAAGUCAAGAUUCAACAGCUUGAAAAUCUUGGCUAAAGCAACCGGAAGGCCUAAAUUAUAAUGAUGCCAAAAUAUCUUUCGGGAAAAUCACUCGCAACCCACUCCCAACUUCCCACUUAUAAAUGUGAAUCAUGCACUCGACUGAAGAUUCCAUCGCGGGUUCGCCAUACAUUUCCUCUGUAACCUCUGGAGUUUGCUGGGUUUUCUCCUUCUAAAUUCUGAGCCAUGGUUGAGAGAGAUCAAGUUUGGCCGCUAGCCCCGUCCGGUAGCCUCCGGAGCGACCAGGAUGAAGCAUCCGUGUAUGCCAAGAACGUCCGGAAGCAGAGAUUCGUCAAGUGCUGCGGUUGCGUCACCGCCCUCAUGCUCAUCCAAGGCGUGGUCAUCGUAAUCCUGGCGUUCACGGUGUUCCGGGUGAAGGACCCCGUGAUCAAGAUGAACGGAGUCACCAUCACCAGGCUCGAGCUCAUCAACGGGACGAUCCCCAAGCCAGGGGUCAACAUGUCGCUGAUAGCGGACGUCUCCGUGAAGAACCCGAACGUGGGGUCCUUCAAGUACAGCAACACCACGACGACCCUGUACUACCACGGCUCGGUGGUGGGCGAGGCGCGGGGUCCGCCGGGCAAGUCGAGGGCCAGGAGGACGAUGCGGAUGAACAUCUCGGUGGACAUCAUCACCGACACGCUCCUGUCGAACCCGAACCUGAACGCGGACAUGAACAUGGGGCUGCUGCCGCUGAGCAGCUACUCGCGAGUCCCGGGGCGGGUGAACAUGCUCAACAUCUUCAAGAAGCACGUCACCGUGAAGAUGAACUGCACCAUGGCCGUGAACAUCUCUACCAAGGCGAUUCAGGAGCAGAAGUGCAAGAGGCACGUCAAUCUCUAGAAGACGUAAUCAAUCGCUUUCUAAUCUAGCUUGUGCAUUGCAUAGCGAUAGCAUACUCGGUUGUGUAGCUAGAUAUUUUCCACUUCUACCUGGCUAGAGGUAGAGAUUAUUAUACCUUUUUUUUCCAUUUUUAUAUAAAUUUCUAUUACUGAGCUUUAACAUCUCUCUCUUUUAUUUUAAA